AUGCAAUAUAUCGGAACUAAUACUCGUGUGCCUGAACCUGAUUUAGAUUCCAAAUGCAUUGAAAGAUUUGAUUAUAAUAUGGUGGUAUAUGAUCUGGGAUUAUCAAUAGAGCAAAGAAUGGCAUUAAAAGAAUUAAAGAAUUCAAAUUAUUUAAGUGAUUUAAGAGUAUUUAAUUUUAGUAAAUAUCCUUCAUUUUGGGAUAUUAAUGAGGGAAGAGGUGAAUACGCGUGGAAACCUGGAAUGAUUAAAGAGGUAUCUAAAGAUUAUCCUGGCACACUUAUUUGGUUGGAUUCCGGCACAAAAUGUAAAGUCGAAUAUUUUAGUCGAAUAUUUAGUUGA